CACAGCUUAGCUCUUAGGGUCAAACCAGCAAAUAAACCAUAAACCAAAUCUCAAACCUAAGCCAGGCGAAAAUGUCGAAGAUCAACGUCGUUGUACUUGUGGCCGUGUCCAUUCUGCUCGGAGUCCAGGCUCGUCCCUCGGAUACCCCGGAUGCCCAUGCCGAAAUCCGAAGCUAUGUGAACGAGCUAAAGCAGGAUGAUAACAGCUACAACUACCAGUUCGAGACGUCCAACGGCAUUGCCCAGCAGGAGCAGGGAGUGGGUGGCUACUAUGCCAGUGGUUCAUCUCAAUAUUACACCCCCGAGGGCCAGCUGAUCCAGUUGACCUACACGGCCGAUGAGAACGGAUUCCAGCCACAGGGCGAGCACCUGCCCACUCCCCCACCAAUUCCAGAGGCCAUCCUGAAGUCCCUGGAAUGGAUCCGCAACCAUCCCGAGGAGAAUGAGGAGUACGAGCACCAUGACCAUCAUGAACAUCAUGAACAUCAUGACCAUCACCACCACAACCAUGGUCAGGAGCAAGGCAAACAGUAUCUGCAGCCAGCCGGUGCUCUGCUGGCGCCUGCGUCAGCACCAGUAGUGUCCGUGGGUCAGGUCCUGCCCUACGACAGGAAGGUAUAAGCCAGCACCAACCAUAGCUUUCCAUUGUAUCCGCAUCCGCAUCCAUCCCGUCCAGCUGCCUCAUGUUUUUGGGUGUCUGUUUGCAUAGUCAAGCCAUCCAACAUACAGCAUCCAACAUAUCAAGCAUCCAGCAUAUAGUGCCCAUCAAACAGCAGAAGGAACAUCGAAGCGAGUACAUCUGGAGGCGGUGGCACACUCACUCAUACCCGUGCCCGCACUGUAUAUAUAGACCCUCAUACAUUUACAUCAACAUGCUGCUCCCGGGCUGCUCGGAGGAGGUCCUUCGUCCUCUGACCCGUCUCCUCUGUCCCGUGUCCGUUGUCGGCUCGACUGACGUUGACAUUUAUUGCCAGAGAUAAUAAUAAUGUAAUAAAAGAAAAAUACAAUUUAA